UGGGGAUAAAUCCUUCAAUUCGACCUCAUCAUCGCUUAUUUCUUUUCCUGCCAUAUUCGAACAGAGCUCACGAUCAGCAUUUCUUCAAACACAAUACACAUAUCAAUCAUUUGUUUUCCAUACACCAUAAACCCCUCUCUCCUUAUAUACGCACAAUUACACAUAUAUAUCGAUUCGCUCAAUUUUAUUCAAGAAUUCUAUUGACUUUUCUUAAUUAUAUGGACUUUCACAAAGUCAAUUUGCCGAACUAGGGCUUUGUAUCAUCAGAGAGGUUUGAGGAAGAAAAUGUCGACAUCAAGCUCUCCCAACCAAUCAUCGUCGGAGAACAUCGUCGAUACGACGCCGUUGUUAAACGUUGACGAUGAUCGUAAUCGUCGAUCUCUCAGGAGACCGAGCCUGCACGAUGCCGCACGAUUCCUCCGGAGAGCGAGUAGCCGUCGGAUGAUGAGGGAGCCCUCAAUGCUCGUGAGGGAGACCGCGGCGGAACAGCUCGAAGAGCGACAGAGCGAUUGGGCCUAUUCCACACCCGUCGUAGUUCUCGAUAUCAUUUGGAACUUCGCGUUCGUCGCUGUGGCGUUGGUGGUUAUGGUUCUGAGCCGGAAUGAGUCACCCUUGAUGCCGCUGAGGCUUUGGGUUCUGGGGUAUGCUUUGCAGUGCGUGCUACAUAUGGUUUGUGUGUGCGUUGAGUAUAAGCGGCGCCGCCGGCGGUGGCGGGCGGUCGUGGAGGGGAAUGGAAGCAGUCAGAGUUCGAGUCUGGACUCCCAAGGGAAUGCGAGUCAGUAUGUUACAUUGGCUCAUCUGAAUGAGGAGGGCGCAGGAAGUGUGGCAAAGCAUUUAGAAUCUGCGAAUACUAUGUUUUCGUUUAUCUGGUGGAUCAUUGGAUUUUAUUGGGUAUCUGCGGGCGGAGAAUCAUUGGCACGGGACUCCCCUCAGCUUUACUGGCUUUGCAUAAUUUUCUUGGCUUUUGAUGUGUUCUUUGUUGUUUUCUGUGUUGCACUGGCAUGCGUUAUUGGUAUUGCAGUUUGCUGCUGUCUUCCAUGUAUUAUUGCAAUCCUAUAUGCUGUGGCAGAUCAGGAAGGAGCUUCUAAAGAAGACAUCGAACAACUAUCAAAGUACAAAUUUCGAAGGAUUGGUGAUAUUGAAAAGCUUAACGGUCAGAUUGAAGGACCUUUUGCAGGGGUAAUGACUGAAUGUGGCACAGAUACACCCGUGGAACAUUCUCUCUCUCAGGAGGAUGCUGAGUGUUGCAUAUGCCUUUCUGCUUAUGAUGAUGGAGCUGAGCUUCGGGAACUUCCCUGUGGUCACCAUUUUCAUUGUACUUGCAUUGACAAGUGGCUUUAUAUCAACGCUACCUGUCCCCUUUGCAAGUACAACAUCUUGAAGAUCAGCAACAAUGGCAGGGAAGAUGUGUAGAAGGAAAGCUCACUUGAAUUAUAUGGUUGGGUCUAUGGACUGUCCCUAGUGUUCCAUCUCAAGAGCGUGUUGAUGCAUAGCACAUUCAUAGAGAACUAAUUAUAGCUAUUGUUUCUGCUGCUGUUAUUCAUUGUAGUCAAUGUUGUAGUAAUGGUGGUGUUCGCACACGGCAUGUCUGUUUGUGUUUAUGCUCUGGCUUGUGUAUAGGCCCUAUAGGGUGGUUUGUUCAGGGCAAUUUAGCGAGAUUUACACCUGUGCACUUAACACUCUUGCCUCCUGUUAAAUUUCUUAUAUAUGUUCAAAUAAUUUACUGUAAAAUGAAAUUUUCUGUUUGGGAAGGUUUUCCUGUGUCUCAAUGAACCUUAUGGAACGUUUUGAUGACACCCUCUAAAAUGUUAUUGUUGUUCAAUUGUUUUA